AUGUCUGCAAAAAGAAUAAAAUCACCUAGUCACAUAUAUUUCCCAACUGCAAAAGGACAUGAGAUAAAAAUUAUCUAAAAAAUUGAUUGUUUUAUUAAUUCAAAUUCUAAAAUAACAUAGGUAAUCAAAUAUUAGGGUUAUUAGUUUUUAGAGUUGUAAAAAAUAAGAUGAGCAUUAAACAGAUUUUAAUUAAAACAAAACUGCUUCAAGAAAUGAUUUUUUUUUUUAAUGUCAAAAUGCAAAUAAACAAAGCCUAAUUAAUUAGUUGUUAUUAUAAAACUUAAAAUUAAAAGAGGAAAAUGAUAAAAAAAAUAAACUUAUAGAAAUGCUUAGGGAUGAUAGAACUUAAAUUAAAAGAGUUACAAGUUUACAUUUUUCAAAUGAUAAAGGUUAUUAACAAUCAAAAGACAAUAUUAGAUUAGUUAGUCCGAACAAAAUGGAUUUUACUUUUUAUAAAAAUCCUUCAAAGGGAUUACCAAAAGAAUUUUAAAUUACUCCAUCAAAGAAAAUGUUUUUCUGA